AUGCUCGAUGCUGAUCUAGCGCCCGCAGCUGAGCAGACGGGUCUGGAGGACGAUUCUUUUGGAGCAGUGCUGGCCAGUCUGGUAGAUGAAGACCACAUCAUUCCUCCGCUUGUCGAUCGACUUUUUAUGAAUGUUGAGACAAAGAUUGUUCGUCGAAACGUCGUCCUUAUGGGGCCGUGUUUUUCAAGCGAUGAACUUCUAGAUUUCGACUCUGUUUCUUUGGAAGACGUACAAGUGCAUGUGUUGACCACGCUCGUGAAAGCAUUCCUCAGAGAAAUGCCUGAACCGCUGAUCACAUUCGACCUCUACGAAAACUUCCUCAACGUUUCUGAAGUUGACGAUGGAAUGGAGCGCGGAAGGUGUCUGGCGGUGAUGAUCGAUCUGCUUCCGAAGACCGAACCGUGGCCUGCUCGAUCGGUUAAUGUUCCACUUAGCCAGAGUGGCUCAUCAGCGGUCAAUAAAAUGGGACCAUCGAACCUUGCCCUUAUCUUCGGCCCAUGUAUACUGAGGAGGCAGGACAAUGUGCACGCUCAGGAGCAGCUCAAUGACGUCACAAGGCAAGCGAUUUGUGUUCAAACUCUGAUUGAGGAGAAACUAAGGCAGUACAAAGCGACUCUCAUUAACAUCGUCGAGUUGGAGGAUGCCAGUCAGAAGGUUAGGCAAAUCGCGUCGAAUAGAGAGGCAUCAACACAGUGGACGAACGGCGUGGAAGAACUGAACAGCCAAGCGUCUCGAGACACAACUGAAUUCCUUGCAAGAACAAGUAACGGCUCGCCUGCAAAGAAGUUGCCUCGUCUGGCGCCGGUCGCCUGCUUCGAAGAUCUCUCCUCUGGACGACAACACUCUCAGGUAUUACCCGGGAGGAAUAUGCGAUUGACAUGGAUGCACCACCUGUAUUCGGAGUGCUCUACCACGCAUGCAAAUACCGAGCACCUCCUCCGAAGGGCAGACGAUACCCGUCAAGGUUUCGACGUCCUCCGGCUGGUAGUUUUCUAA